AUGAUACCUUACCAGCGAUCCCAAAUCCCAAAACAACAUUGCCAGCAGUACCCCAGCCUCCAACAACACCACAUCACCGACACCCUCCGUGCCACCUUCCAGCCUGAGGACUCAUCCUCUCCCUAUCCCCGGCAUACCUCCAAUGCUGAACUGCUUGCUACCCUCACCCUCGAUGAGGGACACACAAUUCCGUUGGGCACAUACGAGCUUGAAAACCAGGUCCAAGCCUUGAAUAUCUUGCCUCUUAGCCAACUAGCCAUGGUAGCUUUCUACCGUCGACACCUCAUCGAAGCGCGCGACCGGGCGCUCGUAACGUUUAAUAACGCGACUCUUCUUAUCGAGCACUACCGCCCCGUCCUGGAGAUGCUGAUAUCGCAGAGCCCGUACUUGGAUGAGCACCGUCGAUCGAUAAUUGACUCCGAGUUAAGGCCGUACGUCGAAAGUUGCGGCAUCGACGCAACGGGUGGGAAUUCGAACCAUGUUGACCCAAACCGGGCCGCAGAUAGUACACCGACCCCACCAGGGCCCGCACAUUCGCUCCAUUGA